AUGUUGCAUGUCGAGGGCCAGCAGGACAAGGAUGACACAUCGUAUGUCGACGGCGAAGGCAGCACCCCGCACGCUGAGAAUCAGCAGGACCGAGGCGACACUCAGCCGCAACAAUCUCAAGCAGUAGCGGCACAUGUGCAAGCUCUGCAGAGACAGAAAAUCGCUCAAUUGGAGGAGAAGCUGGAGGCCCUGGAGUCAGGCCACACAGUCAAGCAAAGGCAAACAAUCUGGUAUGUUGCUAAAGGAAGAGCAAUCAGGCGUGUUGUCACCCUGUUCAAUAGUAUUGAGGACCUCGUCGCCGAAAACGACAGAAGAUAUGAGAUCGAAGACCAGGAGACUACCAUCAAACAGGAUCAACUUCAAAUAGGUUAUACUACCCUUACCAAAACGCUGCCAUUGUUCUACAAGAAGGGUUCAGAGAUGGAGUACGAGGAGUACAUGCACAUGUUAAAAGAUGGAGAUGACACUUCGAAACUGAAGACUCUCGUUUCGGAAUGGAUCAACCGUGAAUUUAAGCCGGAUUCCCCCGUUGACCAAGACAAUAAGCAUUCCUGUGGAUUCACCCAUGAUGUGUGUGGCAGGCUGCUCUGUCUGGCAGAGCUUGACUGGAAUAACCCAGAAGUAAGGGCAGGCAUCCGAAAUCGCUCAGAUGGGUAUAUCGUCACAGAUCUAUCCUUUCCCACUUACUUGUAUGAUAAGUACACUUCCAAUCUGGACGAUCUUGAGGAGGGCCUUUUCAAGGGCAAGAUUCUCAUUCAGGCCUACAAGGCUGUGUUCAUGUCUCCUUCCUCAGCAAAAGACGUCAAAGGUGACAGUGACGGCACGGAUGUCAUCAGCAACAACCGACGGGCUAAGAAGUCUUUAUCUGAAAUCAAGGUCAAAAAACACGUAGCACAAAUCAUUCAUUUGGAGAAAGUCACUCCUCGCUCGAUCGCAUAUAUCACAUGUCAAGCGCGAUUCGCACUUUCUUCAGUUACCUCCUGGUGGUCCAUGGAUGGCGACUUCGACUACCAACAAUUCUGGCAGACCAUCGUUGACUUUUUCGAAAGGGCCCCUGGUCGAGAAGCGCAGCGCAGGGUACAGCAACUUCUCAAAUGGUGGACUAGAACAACCAGUCCGGCGCUGGACAACACACCUGUGGUGUUGUCCCCCAACCCAUUGCCCAACCCAGAUCCGACUCCCCCCACCCCAGCUCCUGGGACCAAUAAUGAUGAUCCCAACGCCUACGUCGACAAACUGUUUCGUCACUGGGCCAAAAAUUCACGCCUAGCGUUUCUCAACAGCCAUCUGGCCACUUACCACGAACGCGUCAAUCGAGGCAAAUCACAAGCAACCGACUAUGUAUACGAGGUCGUGGAAGAAUAUUUCAAACAUUAUCACUGGAAAAUGAAGAUAUCGGACGAGCCUUUGGAAAACAAUCCUUUGCAAAUGGAGUCAGAUGAGUCACUUUCCCCAAUCGAACUGACGCAAAAAUCGCAAAAAGUUCUUGCGAUGCAGAAGGCGAUCAAGAGCUGGCUAGAAUAUCGUGCUAAGUCCCCAAACAAGUUGAUCAAGCCGAAGGCCUUGCAAGCCCACCAGCGAUGGUCAAAAGAUCACUUCGAGACUGAAAUCAAGUCCCACUUUCUCAAAAAGUGGCGUAAGGCUGGGCUACCUAGCAAGAAGAUGGCGACCUUUCGUGAUAGGAUCACUCGCAAACAUUUCAAGAAACUGUCCAAAGAAGAUCAGAAGCAUUGGAAAGAUACAGCACAAGCCGAAGGUGAAGCUGCAGUGAAAGAAUGGAAUGAUCGCCUUGCAGCUCCUCCUUCCACAUCUCCCAUCAAUAGACAAGCGGCUCUGGAUAACCUCGCAACGUUUGCUGGGCCGGUUCUCGCUGGUAUGGCCGAAAUCCUUGGCAUGCAUGUCUCCCUUUUAGUCGGUGGACCUGAACCUCGGAAGCAAGGGAAAAUUACCGUCAUUAGUAUGCAUGAGGGCAUUGACUUAGGUCUCGCACCACGCAAUUGGCAAACUCGAGAUAAGACCAAGUUCAAAAUGGUCACGAAAUCAUUUCAAGAAUACCUAUCACAUGCAUAUACCAAGCAGGACUGCGAUUCCCGUCGCCUCCAGGACGAUUUAGAUGGCUUGUUCUCUAUUUCGCAGGAAGGCGACCAAUCUGACGCCGAAGAAGAACGCGAAGCAACCGAAUUGGCAACAGCCAAAUAUAGACCCAAGAAGAAAUCAAAGCAGCAAGGUACAAAACAGCGACGUGCUUCUCAACGCAAGCCUUCUGAGGCUUCUGAGGCGGACGAAUCGUCUUCGGAAUCAUCUUCCCCAUCCUCCGGCUUGUCUUCAUCUUCCUCGUCUUCAACUUCAUCAAGCUCCACCGAUAGUGAAGAUGAACGUCAGGGUUCCAGAUGGGUACUUCCAUUUUCACCACCCAAGGGAAAUCAUGGUGUCACAAUCUUUAAUCCACACCACCAGAAAUUAGCUCUCCAACACCUCGAAGCAAGGAAGAAGGAUCGCCUGGUCAACGUGCCGUCUCCUGCAUCUGAAGUACCGGAUCGUUUGUCCAAAGUACCGGAUCGUUUGUCCAAAGUGUCGUCUCGUGUGUCUGAAGUGCCGGAUAACACAGAGGAAAUUGACCAACUCAAUGAAGACAGCUCCGUUAUCAAUGGAAUCACAUCUGCCGCCAUAAUUGAGCCGCCUGCUGCACCUUUUGACGACAAUCUCAUUGAUCCACAUAUCAGAGACGACCCUGUCAUGGCUGCUAACCAACUCCCUAAGCCUAUCGAUAAUCACGACAUGGAUGAGACACCUUCUGCCGAACGAGACAUGGAAGGGGCCGAGGAUAAUCAUGACAACCCUCUUAACACGACUCUUGACAAACACGUGGUUAACUCAAAUCGGGUUACAGACGCCUCUCCUGGUGGCAACAUAUCACUCAGUUUAUCUACACUGACAUCCAGCCCACCAUGGUUCAGCAAUCCGCUCCGGCAGUUGAUGUACCCCACCCCAACUUCUCCUCAGCUGAUACAGUUGUUUGACAAGCUGGUGCGCCUUGAGGAUGCAUCAAGCUUCACGAAUGAGAAAGCCGCCUUGGGAUGCGAACAUCGUCCAGUCGAAGUCCACUGGUGGAUUUCCCGUGGACGUAAAGGGAAACCAACCAUACCUAAUCUCGCCUCAUUCAUCACACAAUGGUGGUCUUGGUGGCUAGCGCUUCAACCGGAGUGGAGAAGCUGUCAGGCGCCAACACUUACGACAUGUGCAAUUCUCCCUCAUACAGAUGACGGCAGUUGGGACCGCCUGAAUAAACCAGGUGCAAACGGCAUGCUCUCAGUCGUGGCUACAUUGAAGUGGUGGGCAGACAACACUGAUGGAAAAGACUCACGCUGGCAGGAGGCUGUAGACGACGUCAUGUGGGUUUUGGACCGACUCAUAGCAAGUCGUUCUGCGUCGAAGUCUAUGGUUUCCGGUGGGAACAAGAAACGGGGCCGUUCUGAUACUCAGGCCAACACACCAUCAUCGAAGAGGACACGUAAUCGGCAGUAA